GAUUAGAGCGAGCCACAACAUGUGCAAUAACUAUUCGAGAUCGCUGAUUGGAGUCCUUUUGGUAUGCCUUUGGCAUCAAGCAACUACUUCGGAUGAUUCCAUAAUUGUGGAUUUGCCUGAAUAUGGUAAAGUUCAGGGACGCGAUAAUGGUUUUUAUUUGAGCUUUGAAUCCAUACCGUAUGCCGAGCCACCUGUUGGCAAUUUACGUUUUGAGCCACCUCAACCCUUUGGGGGGCAAUGGAAGGAUCGGGCGGAACCAUUUGAUGCAACUCAGCCGCCAAAUCUAUGCAUGCAAUGGAAUCAAUUCACUGCAGGCGAUGACAAGCUGGUUGGCGAUGAAGAUUGCCUUAAGGUUAGUAUCUACAAGCCAAAGAACGCCAGUCGGAAUACGUUUCCCGUUGUUGCCCACAUACAUGGCGGAGCCUUUAUGUUUGGUGGAGCUGACCAAAACGGUCAUGACCAUGUAAUGCGCUCUGGCCAAGUUAUUUUGGUUAAGAUCAGCUAUCGCCUUGGCCCGUUAGGUUUCAUAAGUGCAGAGGACAAGGAUUUGUCAGGCAAUUAUGGACUGAAGGAUCAACACUUGGCUCUCAAAUGGAUUAAGCAGAACAUAGUUCAUUUUGGUGGCGAGCCAGAAAAUGUAUUAGUGCUGGGUCAUUCGGCUGGAGGAGCCGCGGUUCAUUUGCAAAUGCUGAGGGAGGAUUUCCAGCAAGUGGCCAAGGUGGCCAUGUCCUUUAGUGGCACCGCUCUGGACCCUUGGGUGAUCCUAAAAGGCAGCCGUGGACGUGCCUUCGAACUGGGACGAUAUUUGGGCUGUGGCACUUCCCUGACAUCACUGAACCUAAAGGAAUGUCUGAAAACGAAAGAUGCUCAGCAGAUUGUGAGUGCAGUAAGGCAUUUUCUCAUAUUCAACUAUGUGCCAUUUACUCCUUUUGGUCCCGUCGUCGAGCCUGAUAUAGAUGGAGCCUUCCUUACCGAGUCGCCCACUGAGAUCAUUAAGAGUGGCAAAUAUGCUCAUGUACCUUGGAUGGUCUCCUAUGUGACGGAAGAUGGUGGCUACAAUGCUGCCCUGCUAAUCGAAAAGAGACCCCCAUUCGGGCGGCAACUGUUGGACGAGCUGAAUGAUCGCUGGUUCGACUGGGCACCCUAUCUGUUGUUCUAUCGCGACACCAUAGAGACAAUCGAGCACAUGGAUCAAUAUUCCUGGACCCUAAGAGACAAAUAUCUUGGCAAUCAGAAAUUCAGCCUGGAUACAUAUUUGCCAUUGCAGCAAAUGUUUACCGAUGUGUUAUUUAAGAAUCAGACACAAACAGCUGUCGAUCUUCAUCGCAAGUCCAGCCAAAGUCCUGUUUAUGCCUAUGUCUACGACAAUCCAGCCGAAAAGGGCAUUGGCCAAAUUCUGUCUCAACGUAGUGACAUUCACUUUGGCACUGUCCAUGGCGAUGACUAUUUCCUGAUCUUUGAGAAUGUUGCACGAGAGGCUCAAUUGCGUUCAGAUGAGAAAACCAUAUCCCAAAACUUUAUCAAUAUGUUAAUUGAUUUUGUUCAGAGCCCAAAUGGAUCUCUAUCGUUUGGGGAUUGCCACUUCCAAAACAAUGUGGGAAGUGAUAAAUUCCAAUUGCUAUCAAUUAAUCGUAAUGGUUGCUUAAACGAACAAUACGAUGAAUUUCCCUAAACAGAAAAUAAAUUAAAUCUCAUAAUGCAA